AUGGCACAGGAUCGUUUGCAACAAUUGGCGUCUCAAGAUCUCCCAUUUCGCACAUUUGACGUUCUCACUCUCUUGCAAGAAUAUGCCUCCAGUAUUCAAGAAGAAAAGAAAGACCAAAUCCUCUCACAUCCGGUUAUUGAAACUACCUCCGAUCGCGAUGCAUUCACGCCGUCCAUGCUCAUGCACCGUGUUCUUUUCUGGUCGCAUCAUUUGGUCUCUCCGACCAAGCGGAAGCAGUUCGCUGCUUGGUGUCCCGAGCUUCAAGUAUGGGGCCUAUAUAAACUUGGAUACCCUGGAUUUCUUGUAUUUGAAGGCGCGAAAGACGACGUGACAGAGAUUGCAAAACGUGUCAAGGUAGAACAUGCAAUGGCAUGCCCUUUCUAUGCGUAUUGA